GCUGGAGGCGGGGUAUAUAAUUACGUCAUUUCCGCCUCCCUGUCCUUUCCGAGCUACCCAGCGAGGGACCCAUACGGCGUUGUUCUCGGAUCCCACGUAACUUAAAGGGAAUCUUUCACGAUGUCCGGGGCCCUUGAUGUCCUGCAAAUGAAGGAGGAGGAUGUCCUCAAAUUCCUCGCCGCAGGAACCCAUUUAGGUGGCACCAACCUUGACUUCCAAAUGGAGCAGUACAUCUACAAACGGAAAAGUGAUGGCAUCUACAUCAUAAACCUGAAGAGAACCUGGGAGAAGCUUCUGCUGGCUGCCCGUGCCAUUGUUGCCAUUGAAAACCCGGCCGAUGUCAGUGUCAUAUCGUCCAGGAAUACUGGCCAGCGAGCUGUGCUGAAGUUUGCUGCUGCCACUGGAGCCACUCCCAUUGCUGGCCGCUUCACUCCUGGGACCUUCACUAACCAGAUCCAGGCAGCCUUCCGGGAGCCGAGACUUCUGGUGGUUACCGAUCCCCAGGCUGACCACCAGCCUCUCACAGAGGCGUCUUAUGUUAACCUGCCAACCAUCGCUCUGUGUAACACAGACUCUCCUCUGCGCUAUGUGGACAUUGCCAUCCCUUGCAACAACAAGGGAGCUCACUCUGUGGGUCUGAUGUGGUGGAUGCUGGCCCGGGAAGUUCUGCGCAUGCGUGGCACCAUCUCCCGCGAGCACCCGUGGGAGGUCAUGCCUGACCUCUACUUCUACAGAGACCCUGAAGAGAUUGAAAAGGAAGAGCAGGCUGCUGCUGAGAAGGCUGUGACCAAGGAAGAGUUUCAGGGCGAAUGGACAGCUCCAGCUCCUGAGUUCACUGCUGCUCAGCCUGAGGUCACAGACUGGUCUGAAGGCGUGCAGGUGCCCCCUGUGCCCAUUCAGCAAUUUCCCACUGCAGAAGACUGGAGCGCUCAGCCUGCCACUGAAGACUGGUCUGCAGCCCCCACUGCUCAGGCCACUGAAUGGGUUAUGAAGUAGAAAGGUGCCAGGACCUGAGAAAGUCUUCGCUGGUGCCUCUCUGCCCCUCCGUGAGCUCACAUCGCUUGUCUCCUGCUGGUCCCUGGUUGACUUGAUCGGUUUACGCAAGUAUGCUCUUUUCAAUCAGGAAUUGUUAAGUUUCCCUGUUUGUUUUACGGCUUCCUACAAAUGGAAUCAUAUCUUCUUGUGUGACUAGCUUUUUUUCCCUCCAUGUUAUUUUUAUGCUUUUAAUACUGUUCCCAUGUGUCUGUAAAGGCAUUCAUGAUGUCUGUACAAUACUGGCUAUUCGGGUUGUUUCCAUGAUCUGGCCAUUAUCAACAGAGCUAUUUUGAACAUUUGAUAGAUCCUGGUGCACAGAAAUUUCUCCUCUGUGGGUUUUAAACUCUUAACUUCUCUAGAAAGUAUCAAAUGGUUUCACAAUCAUGUGAAACAUAUAAAAACACAACCACAACCCUUAGCACUUUCUGUUGAAAACACAGUCCUUUCUUCACUGGUCAUAAGUGCUGCUUCUCAAAGAUCCAGGGUCCGUCCAUGCCAGGUCUGAUCCUGGCCUCUCUGUUCCCCUUCCCCAUCCCCUCACUCUGUGAGUCUGUCCCUGGGCCAAUGCCGCACUGUCCUUCCUCUUUACCAGAAUUUUAUAAUCUACUAUGACAAUGGAUAGACCAAUCCCCCUGCCUUCCUCCUCUCCAAAAGAAUCUUGGCUAGUAUUGAACCUUUUGCACUGUCACAUACAUUUUUUACCAAUGAGUACAGUUCCACUAUAAAGCCAGUUGAGAUUGCAUUCAUUCUAUAAUUUGGAGCAGUAUUGACUGAUUCAUAAUACUGAGUUUUUCAGUCCAUGAAAAAUCUAUGUAUCUUGCCUGUCUUUCAUGUUUAUGUCCCUUCCUCAAUUCAGUUUUAUAAUUUUCCCAAAGAGGUUUUGCAUAUUUCAUAAAUUUAUUCCUAGAGAUUCAAGAUGUUUUAAAUUGUACAAGAUAUUUAAAUUGUUAAGAAACUAACUACCAUUAGGGAUCCUGUUGGAAUAGCUCAAUCCUUAUUCUAAAUAACACAGACAUCCAGUGGUAAGUGUCACUAUUGCCACGGCGUUUCUGAUCCUGCCUGAGCAAUCUAGGCCUUUUGUGCACGUCAGGGGUGAGAUAACUAAAUUCCACUCACGAAAAACCUGCUCCAAACCCACAGGCCAAACUGUCCUCAGUUAGUGGAGCAGAACCUGCUGCACUUCUGCUUAUGCUAAGGUCAGCGGUUUCACUAGGAACAACCCAAGAAUUAUUCCAUUCUGCCUUUGCAAAGAACCUCAAGGGAAAUAAAAUUCAACAUUCAACAAACAUUUAUUAAGCACUUAAUCUGAACCAGACACUAUUCUAAGCUCUGGGGAUACAGCAGUGAGUGAAGGCAAAGCUUGUGACCUUGUGGCAGUUAUAUUCCAAAUGGGGAGGCAGAUAACAAGUUACCAAGCAUACUACCUUCCAUGGGGACAGAAGUGAGGAUGACGGAAACAUGAACGUUUGUCUAAAACAAGAAUCACAGUCAUCAGGCCAUAGAAAAGAGACAAAUGGGGAGAGUCAUUGGGCAGAAUCAAAAGAGAGCACAGAAACCCAUCUGAAAGGAGGCCCUCAACUCAGCCUCACCAGGUGGAGCUGAGAGAGGUUCUGCCCUCACGGGGCGCUUCUACCGGAAGCCAUGGAGUCUCUUGGACACUAGUAUGUAUGAAAGGUGUAGACCUCCACUGCCCAACUCACCUAAGUUUUUUAUGUCCUCUCUUUUGGAUAUUCCUGGAAAUGAUUCAGGGACCAGAAAAAAAGCUAACUACACAGACGUUUACCCCAGUUCUGCCCCCUGCUGUACCCUCGAGUGGCCCACGGAGCACUCCCUUCUCCAUGGGUGGCUGGCUCAGUUCACAUUGAGGCAAAGGGCACCCAACAGUACCAGAAGCGUCCAUUAUGUCCCCUGGAAGGCCCUCCACUCACAGCCACUGACCUCUACUUCCCGUCCAUCCAAUACCCUAUCCCACCCCAAGGGGUAUCUUCUAUUUAUGAUUUGCAAGAGACAGUUACAGCCUUCAUCAUGGGAAAAUAGUCCCGGGUCAUCAUGGCCUACACGGGACUCUGUAUAGGGGCCUUGUAGGCUUUCAAGCCUGGAGGGAUGAAUGGGCUGGCUUGACAUCUGUUUCAAAAUCCUUUAUACAGGAUUGGUUUUUUUUUUUUAAGCUGAGCCAUCCUGCCACCUGUUGGCAUCUCAGCAGCAGCUCAGCUCGGGCCAGGCAUC